UCCUGGCGGACAAAACUGGAAACUACAACAACAGAAAUCCAUCAUGGCGGCGGCCACAAGGCUCAUAUCAAGGUUGACGCUGGUCACUGGAGGAGGCAGUGGGAUUGGACGGGCGGUCUGCCAGCGUUUUGCCUCUGAGGGCGCCUCUGUGGUGGUCGCUGACAUCAGUGAGGAGUCGGCCAAUGAGACGAUGGGAAGCCUGUCAGGUGACCUGAGAGGUCAGGUUCACAUGGCGGCUGUGGUGGACGUGUCGUCAAAGGAGAGCAUAAAGAAGCUGGUAACAAGUAUACAGACUCAUUACUUCCAGCCUCCCUCAGUGUGUGUGAACGCAGCAGGCAUCACUCAGGACGAGUUCCUGCUCAGCAUGGAGGAGGAACACUUUGACAGAGUCAUCCAGGUCAACCUUAAGGGUUCGUUCUUGGUCACUCAGGCUGUUUCUCAGGCUCUGGUGGCCUGUGGAGCCUCCAAAGGAUCCAUCAUCACCGUGGGCAGCAUCGUGGGGAAGGUGGGAAACCUCGGACAGGCAAAUUACGCCGCCUCUAAAGCCGGAGUGCAGGGUUUAACCAGGACGGCUGCCAAAGAGCUCAGCAGGUUUGGGAUUCGCUGUAACUGUGUGCUGCCGGGUUUCAUAACGACUCCAAUGACGGAUAAAGUACCAGAGAAGGUUAUUAGCAAGUUGCAGUCCUUGGUGCCUCUGGGAAGAUUGGGUGAGCCUGCAGAGGUCGCUGAUGUUUGUGCCUUUCUAGCUUCAGAUGAUUCUCGAUACGUCACAGGAGCCAGCAUCGAGGUGACAGGUGGACUUUUCAUUGGCUAACCCAGCCGUCAUCAGGAGGCUAAUUUCUUUGUAAUUAAUUCUGAAAUGACUGUAUCUUGUAGCAGCUCUUUAAUCAGGAUAGCUGUGUGUGCUGUGUGUUUUGUCAAUCUGGCUGUGAACAUGUACUGUACAGUGUAAAGCCACAUUUUGUACAAAAUAAACAGCUAAAUAUAG